CCCUCCCCUAUAAAGCCACUGGCGGUGCCAUGUCCCGGCCUCAGACGACGCAUCGCCGUGGUCCAAGAUGAUGCUGCAGCUGGUGCUCCUCGCCGCCCUCGCCCUCUGUGGACGCUGCUCCGAGCAGGAGCUGGAGCUGGAUGCGACCCAGCGGGUGGUCGGCGGGUCCGAGGCGCGUUCCCACGCCUGGCCCUCCCAGAUCUCCCUCCAGUAUUACUCCAAUGGCGGCUGGUACCACACUUGCGGGGGGUCCCUUAUCCAGAGGAACUGGGUGAUGACGGCAGCCCAUUGCGUGGACCGUAACAUGAACUUCCGUGUCGUGGCCGGAGAACACAACCUGAACGCCAACGACGGCAGCGAGCAGAUCUUCAGCGUCAGCAAGAUCAUCAUCCACCCCUACUGGAACAGCAACAAUGUCGCCGCGGGCUAUGACAUCGCCCUGCUCCGCCUGAGUGGCUAUGCCAACCUCAACUCCUACGUGCAGCUGGCCGUCCUGCCCUACGCUGGCACCAUCCUGCCCAACAACUACCCCUGCUACAUCACGGGCUGGGGGCUCACCCGCACCAACGGGCAACUCUCCAGCGUCCUGCUGCAGGCCUACCUCCCCGUGGUGGACUACCAGAUCUGCUCCAGCUCCUCCUACUGGGGCUCCACCGUCAGAACCACCAUGAUCUGUGCCGGCGGUGAUGGCGUGCGCUCCGGCUGCCAGGGUGAUUCCGGUGGCCCCCUCCACUGCAUGGUGAACGGGCAGUACCAGGUCCACGGCGUCACCAGCUUCGUCUCCGGACUGGGCUGCAACGUGGCGCAGAAACCCACCGUCUUCACCCGUGUCUCUGCCUACAACUCCUGGAUUUCCAGCGUGAUCUCCCAGAACUGAGCAGUGGCAGGAGGAGACCCCAUUCCCCGGCUCAGGUGAUGGACAUCGUCUUGCCCCACGUUUCCAUCCCAGGGGUUUAAAACCCGUCGCCAGAG